AUGGUGAACGAUAACAUAACAAGCGACGUCGUUGUUAAACUAGCCAACGAAACAGAAGAGAUAGCAUUGAAAGAGAAGGCAAUCUUCAGCCCUGUAAUGAAGAAAUGGCAUCCAAUCGCUUCUGGGUCUGCAGCCGUGAGCCUACAUUCCUGCUACGGGAAGGUGUUGAAGCAGUAUGUAACCGGGAUACCCUUUCUGACUCCCGACACCCUUAUGGGUCUGCAGAGAGCCGGCAGGCUCGAGAAGCUUUUGAUACAGAUGGUGGUUGAGGAUUCAGUAGACAGCCAAGAUGAAGAAAAUGGAAAGGCUGUAGUUAGAGAAAUGGUACCGUAUGAAAUUGAUGCCAUCAUAACAGACCUGCUAAAUGAGUGGAUACAAGAUCGGAUGAACAAAGGAAAGAACUGUAUUCAUAUAGCCAAGGAGACUGAAUCAUGGAACCCAAUAUCGAAGAAUGAGGCUUAUGCAGAAUCGGCUAUGGAGCUAAUGAAGGUGGCGAAGGAAGCCAUUGAAGACUUCUUUGAGCUCCCCUUAGCCAUCUCUGAGGAUUUGCUCCUUAACUUCGCCAAAGAACUGAACAUCCUCUUCGCUGAUUACGUCUCCUUUCUCGCUUCUUGUGGUUCAAAACAGAGCUACCUCCCCAAUCUACCACCUUUAACAAGAUGCGGCAGCGAUUCCAAGAUCGCUAGUUUUUUCAAGAAGGCCUCUUCAUUUCCAUCUCCAUCAAAUGAUAUGGUCAUUCCAUGCGAGCUUUCCGUCUACACCACCGAAGACGGCCACCAGAUACAAACAUCAUCCAGCCGCGGCACCCAACGUCUGUACAUUCGUCUCAACACACUCCAUUAUCUCCUAAACCAGAUCCAAUCGCUGGACAAAUCCCUCUCACUUUCUUCUUCCUACUUCGAACCGGUAGAGUCUUCAAUCAAGUCCGCCAUCCAUCAAGUCUCCGAGGUGGCAGCUUACAGACUCGUCUUCCUAGACUCUGGUUCUGUUUUGCACGAUACGUUAUACACGGGCAAUGUCGCUACUUCUCGAAUCAAGCCGGCACUCAAGACAUUGAAGAUGAACUUAUCGCUAUUGCGCUUGAUUGUAACUGAUCAAGCACAAAAGACUGCGGUUAAACAUAUGAUGAAGGCCUCUUUCGAGGCCUUUCUCAUGGUCUUAGUCGCAGGAGGAAGCUCCAGGGUUUUUAAGAGGCAGGAUCACGUAAUGAUUAAAGAGGAUCUCGAUGCAUUGAAGAAGAUAUUUGGUGAGGACAACGUUGAAAGAGAAUCAUCGGAGGCAGUUGAAGGUGUGGUGGAGUUGAUGGGAGAAACGACCGAGCAGUUGGUGGAGGAUUUCAGUAUCAUAGCAUGCGAAUCGGGCAGUGUGAACGGUGCGGUUGGAGCACGAUAUGGCCAGAAAUUGUCAAUGCCGGCGACGACAGGGAAAUGGAACAGAUCGGAUUCGAAUACAAUCGUUAGAAUUCUGUGCCAUAGAAAAGAUAGCGCUGCAAAUAGUUUCUUGAAGAGAACAUUUCAGUUAGCGAGGAGGGUCUGA